GCCCCUUACAAGGAGCAUUUUUAAAGUUCUGGUACAGCAUGUGUAUACAUUGUAUCACUGGGCUUGGCUGAGGCUGGAGCAUCUCUAGGUAAAGUAAUGCAGGGAGAGUCUGGGUGGGGACCAGCCUGGGCAGGGAGACUGACAGAAUCCUGCAAACAAUGGAAUCCUGUGCUCUCAUUUACAGAGAUCAUGGAACUGUGUGCUAAAAGUGCAGCAAUCACCAUGGAAACCAAAUUAAUAUUCCUGCUGAUUGCUCCACUUUUAAAACUUUCUAACCAGAGUUUGUGCUUUCUAAUAACUGCCAUUCAUUUAACAGGUUUUUUUAAGAGGAUAUUCCUGUGUAAGUGAAAUGUAGAUACUGAUUGAAAAGUGCAUAUUAACAAAUAAUGCAUUUAUAUGUAUAUAUAAGAAAUAACUGGAAUCACUGGGCAAUGAAGAGUUUCACAUAUUCCCUAUUAUUAUUAUUAUUAUUAUUUAUGUAGCGUCAUCAGAUUCCGUAGCGCUGUACACCGUUUCCUUUUUAAUAUUUUGUUGUGCGUACAAUUAUUAAACUAUCAACUUCAUUAUAUGUGUCAAUAGUGGAUGCUAGUUUUUUUUUAUUUUUUCUAAAUAUUUCACUGUAUUUGAUGAAAUAGAUGAAACCUAGUUUCACGUAGUAUUGAUUGUUGCCUAAUAGUUCAAGAAUGCUUCAAAAAAUGCAUUAUAAAAUCAAGAUUGUAUACUAAUUGUUACAGUAUGCUUUUUACUGUCACCCAGUAUAUAUAUAUAUAUAUAUAUAUAUAUAUAUAUAUAUAUAUAUAUAUAUAUAUAUGUGUGUAUGUGUGUGUGUAUUAAUAAUACUCUAAUAAUCCCAGAGGUCAAAGAACUAGUUAUUUUAACCAAAAGGAAAGGUUCAUAUUUUCAAUUUACACAUUUGUCAUUAAUAUUUAUCACUUUUGUUUUGUUUGUUUGUUCAGGCACCCAUCGUUUUCAAUAAUGAAGCCACUACAUGUAUUUCUCUUUUUGGCACUAUAUGCCUCAUGGGUCAUAUGCAAGCCCACCCAAGAAAAGAAGGGUCGGGUCCACCACAACAAAGACCUGAGUGACCACCAGCAUGACGACUCCAAGGACUUCCAGUAUGAUCACGAGGCCUUUCUGGGCAAAGAGGAAUCCAAAACAUUUGAUCAGCUGACCCCAGAAGAAAGUAAAGAGAGGCUGGGGUAAGAAAAUAACUGCCUCUAAUAACAAAAUAAUGGAUUUUAAAUCUUUGUGUUAGUGUUAUAAGGUAAUAGAUUGCAACGUAGAUCUUCAUGCCAUUGCUGUCAUCAAGUUGUCAAAUAAGGUCUGCAUUCCUAUAACUGUCAUUGACUUGCACAUUUUUGUAGCUCUGUAUAUGGUCGUUUCCUACAGUUGUCUCUAUAAAUACGAGCUGGUGAUGAGUUAUUUAUAUUCAGUUUUAUUCCUCUUUAUAUCUCUUUUUUCAUUUUACAAAUACAUCCAUUCUUGUUUCUUCAAUCACUAAAUAAUCUUCUCUUGUCCUCUUUACAUUUCAUUUCUCCUCUACAUAGUUUCUCCGUGGCUGAACCAUUUCUAUUAAAUGCCCCACCUUAUCCUAUUAGACUUUCCCCAUAGCCUCCAGUGCUUUAAGACUUACAAUCAUCUUGGGUGACUAUUCUCUCCUUCGAAAAGCUCUCCCAUCCAUCCGCACGUCACCUGUGAUUCCAUAAUCCAUUCACUGUCUCCUUCCACUCACCCCUAUUAAAAGCCUAGCUAGCAGCGGUCACCAUAUCUGUUGACCUCUUCUCUGACACGUUCCUCAUCCUUGUGUUCUUCUCCCCCUUCCUCCGCACAUUAACAAAACAUAUAUUAUUGCAUUUCCUGAUUUUAUGUUUGACAGGCUGGCUAUGAUUUAGCUUAGAACCCAGCCUUCUCUAAGGACGUAUAUCUUAUGUUUUCUUCUCCUUUCCAAAGGAUUUAUAAAAACUUUUUUAUUACUUUUGACAUAUUUGAAUCUGUAAAUUCUUGCGCAUCAUUUUAAUUAUGCAAAAUAAGAAAGUUUUUAAUAUAUUUUCACAGACACUUAAAAAGUGAUUGCUGUCUCAAAGAGCUUACAGUUUGAAUGUCAGACAUACAAACAGGUGGCAUUAUGCACGCCUGCUCUCUUUGUCUGGCUAUAAACCUGUGCUUAUCUGUCUACUUUGGGCUUAUUGAUGCAUGUUUUCUGGAAUGUAAUUCUACCACCGACCAAAUCAGUGCAUUCAACUUAAGACACAUACAAAUGGGGAUGUACUAACAUGGGGUAGAUAAAGGGAGGAAUUAAAACUUUUAUAGUACUUGACCAUCCCUGUCCUCGUUAAACAAUGGGAAACGUGUAUAAUAUUGUUACAGGCUAAUGAUGGCCCACUUUUGCCUGUCAGCCGCUGUGAACGCCAUUUCCUGUGACUCUCUAUGCAGAUUAGUAAUUUAGCUGGCUAAGGAUUCUGGGAAAUACAGUUCACAACAGCUGGCUUGCAGAUGUUUGCCAUCAUUGCAGUAGGAGGUUCUGUGUCUUCUCUUCCCACUCUAUUAAGAGCCUGGGGGCUACAGGGAAGAUUCCAGACUGCUAACGUGGCAGUGAAAUGCUUUCCUUUUUUAGGAAAGGGGUGGGGUAAUGUGAAGAAAGCAUCCCCUUUCAAAAAAUAUCAACACGUCCUCUUAAGGACAGACCCUGCAAGAACAAUCCGUUUUACUUCAUUUUUCCACAGGCUUCAGAACUUUCAACUCCCUGGAGAACAUUUUGAUUACUAGGCAGAGUAUGUUUUAAGGAAUCUGUUUUAGGCAAACGUGUUUCUCCUUUACUUAAUUUAUCUGUCUGAUUACGGUUUACAAUGAAUAGUUACAUUUUCUUUGAGAUUUAGAGCAACACAAUUGGAAUCUUGUGCAUUCAAACAGUUUCUUAGUAAUAAAUGGUUAUAAGUAUAAGAAACACUGUAAAAUGGGUCGAAAAUAAAGUUGUUUGAAUAUGGAAUUUUUCUUUAUUUUUUUUUAUGUACUUUUAUCCUUUUUAGUGUAUAUUAACCCUUUGAUGGCUUUAGAGAAUACGUUAUGUGAUGAAGUUGCCGUGGCUGUAGCUCAAUCGCUAGGGAGUAUGUGAUGGUUGGGUCCUACAUUUUUGAACUGGCUUCUGGAACCAGUCUAAAGUUUCAGAGCCUUACAUAAUAUGUAGUGCCUGUCUUAUUUAAUCUCCCCUGGUUUUGUAAAACAUUGCAAGCAACAGAGCUGCAGGAACAGGACCUUCUAAGGUCACAUUUCUGAGGAAUGCAUGCAAGGCUUACCUUUGCACUACAUGCAUGGAAAUAGGUUCUACACUUUUUCAUGCAUGUAGUGCAUGCAUUGGGCUUUAGUGCAUGCAUUCAUGCUUUGAGCUUUAACCUUUUCAAUACCAGAGGUGUGUCUGCCUGCACUAGACUUACCUAGCACUCAGAGGAUUAAAACUUGGGCAGACUAAGGACCUGCAACAAAUAAACUUUAUUUUAGUGGUUGAGCUAUGACUUUCUUUACAAAACUAAGUAAGUAGGUCAGAGACAAAACAUGUAGUAGAAUACAUGUACAUGUUAUUAUGUUUAUGUUUCCUGACCAUUUGACGCACGUUUUGUUGAAUAGUAGCCAUCGGGGAUUGGGGAGAUGCAGCGGGGUCUAAUUAACAACUAGUGAAUUGUAACGAUAGAAAAUCUGGGGAAUGUGGCUAUCCGGGCAAAUUAUAUGCUUUCUAAUGCUGCAAAAUUUGUUGGCGCUUUAUGAAUAAGAAAAAUAAUACACUGCUAAUCAGGAUACUCCAUUCAGCAUGCCCACAUUAAUAUUAAUAAUUUAUGCAUCAUUCAGCCAUGGAAAUAUUAUAUUAAACAAAUGAACAGUAAGGGGGAAUUAAAAAAAAAUAUAUAUUUGCAUUGUGAUUGAGAACCUGCAUUUUUAACUUUCAGCCCCACAGUCAGGAAUUUUUGGAAUACCUUUUGCUGUUACAACUGAAAUGCUUAAGUCGAUUGUGAUUGAUUUCCUUUUUUUUUAGGAAGAUUGUUGAUAAAAUUGAUAGCGACAAUGACACAUUCGUCACAGCAACUGAGCUUCUUGCAUGGAUAAAAUUUGUGCACGGUCGCUGGGUUUCCGAGGAUGUGGACAAACAAAUGCUUCUUUUUGAUAAGAACAAAGACGCAUCUGUGUCUUGGGAAGAAUAUUCCAAUCAGACGUAUGGACAUCUACUAGGUGAGAUUAUUCUAAAACAUUCCUCCUAAACGUGUUCUCUUUCUCUGUUCUGCUCAGGAGAAUCGUCGAAAAGAUUGACAAAGAUAAAGACGGCUUUGUUACCCACGCGGAGCUGAGGGAUUGGAUUACACACACUCAGAACCGAUACAUUUAUGAAAAUGUUAACAAGCACUAUGCCGACUAUGAUCAGAACAAAGACGAUAAAAUUUCCUGGGAAGAGUACAAAAAAGUCACUUACGGUUACGCAGCAGGUAAGAGAGUGAAAGCAUUGUCCAUAAAUGAGGUGAUACCAACUUUGGGGGAGUAAAAACCCAUGCUUUGCAUCCUGCCACUGAAAAGCAGCCGCUGAACAGAGUUAUGUGCAUGGCCACAAAUCCGCUCAAUAAGAAUUGCUUUUAUUGCAGACCGCAUGACCUCUUAGACACUGUGCACAGCAUGUUUCUAUAUGAGACUGUGUGAAUAGCGCAUGGAAUUAUUAAGUAAAAUAACACAGUUGCCAAUAUGAUUCUUAUUUUACUGAGGCUGGUUUGCUUGCUAAAUUACUUGUGUCUCUUACACGGAAUCGUGUGCCUUGUUUUGUAUAUAAAUGCGAGGGAAAACUUGAUUUGCAAACUUACCGAACUCUCAAGUUACUGGCCAUAAGUCCGUAAUUUCUAUUCUAUUUUAUAUUGUCUAGCUUUUCUGAAAGAUCUACUAAAUAUAAUUUUUUUUUAAAUAUAUAUAUAUAUAUAUAUAUUUUUUUUUUUAACCUAAAUAUAGCCUUGAUUAUUCAGAUCAUCUACAAGUAAUAAACAAUCUCUCAUUCAAACCAGUGUUCCUCAAUCUUUUAUCCACGCAUACAAAUUCACGAGGAGCCGCGUAUUCUGGCCAGUUAGACCCUUUAUCAACCAUUUAUCCAGCGAGUAUCCCUAAUGGAGAUUUUAAACUAAGGAAAUAAAACCCUGCUCUAAAUACCAGAAUCCUUCAACUGCAGAACAGCUAAACCUGCUUAAAGGAGUAAUGUCUCCGGAUUCAUUUUAGGGUUCCGUUUAUGUUGGUUUCCUUGGCUUGCUGUGAUGUGGUUAUGGUGCCAUGCAUGUUCUUUUUCUCUUGGCCUUUAUGCUUUCAUUCUCUUUCUGCUCAAUAUACAGUAUGUGAUGUCUUAGAAGCAUGCAUAAUCACCUUCAAACUCCAAAUAAGAGUAAUAGUCUAGUGGCUGCAAAAUAUUUCUUGGUGUUGGGAGUUGAACAGCAAGCCGUGUUGAUAUGUACAUUCAGCGAUAUCAACUCCAUGUAACCUUGGCGGCAUUGGUAAACUAAAAGGGUUGGGGACAUGGGAGGCUUCUCGCUCAAUAUGAAUUUCACUGGAAAUCUUACAUAUGUGUAAGAAGGUGUCAACAGGGUAAGCACACUGCGAUGCUUAUAAUUUAUAAACUGCUUUACUGUGAGUGUGACAAACUGCAAUGAUUACCUUGCAGGACUAAGACUGCCUUUAGUGGCUGUCAAUCACACAGCCACUAGAGGUACUUCCUGGAUACUACUAAAUGACGCAGGACGUCCUCAUGUCUACAUACGUUUAAUGCUAAUUUGUAUUCCAAACCCUAUAGAAGCCUUUUAAUAUGCACAAAAGAAUGGCAAAUGUAUCAAAUAAUGCUCACAGUUGCAAAAUGAUCCAGAGUAUCACCUAAACACAUAAAUUCACCGUAGGACUGGGUAAGGGUGAAAGAAUAGCGAGCUUUAGUUGUUAUGGUUCUUGGAGUGUUCCAUUACAUGUGUGAGAAUUUAAUGAAAUACGCCGAACGCCAUAACUACUUUACCUCAAUUAGGUUGUUAUGGUGCCUGGAGAUCCUUGGCACUGACUAACCUGCGGUGAUUGAUCCUUACCACAUUGCCCCAAAAUAUCACUUGCUUCGGGGUUACUCCAAGCACCAUGACCACUUCAGUGAUAUAACGUGGUUAUGGUGCCUGGAGUCUGUAUGUAUAGCGUUUCACAGCAAAAUGCUGCACAUACAGAAUCCAGGCACCAUAAUCCUAAUUUAACCUGUAUGCUGGCGUGGUGUAACUAUACCUCCGUCCGGGUGUCAUUAUCCAGUCCAGAACAAGAGUUACAGGCUCGCUAAUGUCAAUUCAGUGCAUAUUUUUUAUGCACAGAGUUAAAUUAAUUUGUCGAGAACGAUCCGUUGACGCUCUUAGUCAAUGAUGAAAUGAUGCUCAUGGCAUUAUAACCGUGGUGGGAUGCUUGGAAUAACUAUUUAAUGUCUUUAAAAGUGUGUCAAUAAAGUUUUUUUAAACAGACAUUCACAAACACUUACAUUUGCUAACCACAGUGUUGCCAAAACUGGUAAACUGUUUGAAUGUCUGCAUGUUAAUACUACUGUCAAUACAUCUUUCUGUCUGGUAGCACCAGGAAAGUAGUAAGUAAUUGAACGUAGAUUAUUGCCCCAGAAUUCUGUAGUGAUGAUUAUACCAGGAGUUAUAUUCCUGAGACCGUUUGUCUGACAUUUUUUGCAACUGUGUUUAAUAAGUAUUUGAAUAAGCGCAGACAGAGUUGGUUAAUUUUCAGUGUUUCCUUGUAGUUUAAUGCUUGGCUUGCUGCAGUAUGUGUUUUGUGUUCAGUGAUAUAUAAAUAUACAUGUAUUUAAUUUACAUUUAUUAGCAUUUCCAAUACUUGUUUUGUGGUACGAUAUUCUGUAGUGCACGCAUGAGCCGGCUGGCUGUAUGCCCAUUCAGUAAAUGAAAAGAAAUAAAACUAUAAAUUCUGAAUUAAUGAGAUCCAUUGUCAUACUUAACACUGCACAAGGUGCCUCUCUAUGUUUAUAUAUGUACUUUUCUUUUUCACUUGUUCAUGGCCAAACUUGCUUUUGGCUUACCCAGUGGUGAAGUACAACAAAACACAUGCUUUGCAAUUCAGCCUCCAAAAUUGGUCCCAUUCCCUUCCCUCUAUUGUUUCAGCAAUACAUUUUAAAGAAGGUGGUAAAACGAUUUUUAAAUCGCCAAUUGUAUGACUAAUUCAGAAAGUGUGCCCUUCAUUUAUUUAUGAAGUGUGCAAAUUGCGUUAUUGUAUCAACGUAGUAAAGUAAUUACAAUUUAAACUCAUAAAUUGACUGUUUAACGGAUUGUUAAAAGAAAAUUGUUAAUGUACUUCGUGAACUUAUUGGUCACAAUUUUGUGGACAGUUCAGUAUUGUUUAUUGUGCUCUUUAUAGUUAUUUUAACUUGCGGGGUGUUUUUUUUUCCCCUUUUAUAAUUUUUUUUCUUUCUUUCUAAAGGAGAAGAGGAAUUCUAUGAUAUUCAAGAUAAGGACACAUACCGGAAGAUGAUGAAACGCGACGAGCGACGAUUCAAACACGCAGAUAAAGACGGCGACAUGAUUGCCACCCGGGAAGAAUUCACUGCUUUCUUACACCCAGAGGAGUUUGACUACAUGAAAGAUUUAGUUGUCACGGUAAGAACCUUCUCUGUGUGUACGAAUAAAGAUUGUCCCCAGCUUAAAACCAUAUUAACCCUUUUAGUGCCAGGCCUGCUUAUCCUGCUUGUUUUGGAAGGAUUAAAGAAUCAUUUAACUUAAAGAUAUUUUAUAAUAUUACUGUGUGUGUGUGUGUAUGUAUAUAUAUAUAUAUAUGUAUAUAUGUGUAUAUAUAUAUAUAUAUAUAUUGUAUAAAGAGCAUGUACUUGGCUUGGUUUUCAUUUAUUUAUCCCCCUUGGUUACUCCGUGUGAUCAUCACUCCCUAUUUGCUUGACAAUUUAUUUUAUUUUUUUUAAAAAAGACACCGUCCUCUUCUGAGCAAAUUGUGAGGCUCUGCUGUCCUUGCAGGGAGAUUGUUUCCGAGCUAGUUAAUGGCUGCACUGUCAUUGAAUCUUGUACAGAUCUAUCAGCUUUCCGGUGAAAGCUGUAAGGUCAAUGCACUUAUGGCCAACUUGGCUCUGGUGGCUUCACUAAUGAAAACGCAUGAAUGAAACUACUCAAGUCCUUUUAGUUAAUUUAUCACGAAUGGAACUGGUUAACGGAAUACUCAAAGCUCUAGAACACUCCAGCUAUCUGAAGUGCUUUAGGCGUUAACCUUGUCUUCAUGAAAAUGCUAAUUUCAAGAGGAAUUGCUAAUUUAUUAAGGUGAUCUGUUGCACCCUCCAGCUGCUGUCAGUCUGGAGGGGGCUUUUCCUAAACGCUAUGUGAAGCAUUUCUGAUGCAGCGUGGUGAUAGCUAGGCAUGUUCCCUGCUUCUCAAUUAAAACAAUUUCUAUUGGGCAAAACCAUAUGUAGGACCUUUUUACUGCUGGAAUAGAGAUUAAUCUUUAACAGGUUUUGCUGGGGGGGGAAAUAGCUUAUUACACACAUUAUUUUUAAUGUGCCAUAUACUAGGAUUUUAUGGGAUAUGCAAGGAAAUCGGUGGACCAUUUUGUUCACUCAGGGACUGAACUGGCAUUAAACUUUUGUUUUAACAGGAAACGCUGGAGGACAUAGAUAAAAAUGGAGAUGGCAUUGUGGAUGUGAAUGAGUAUAUAAGUGAGUAGCAACUCGUGGCUGUACAUAAACUGAUAAUACUGUGUACGGGGCAUCCUGUGCUUAGCCUGAAAAAUGUCAGAAUUCUUAGCUUGUGUUUUAUGUCAACUGUGAUAAUUAAACUGUAAAUGUUAUCCCUCCCGAUUGUAUUUUAAAAUAACAAGGCUGCUUUGUAACGCUUGGUCUCAGGUGACAUGUAUAGUGCUGAGGGUGAUGAACCAGAACCAGACUGGGUGAAAACAGAGCGCAAGCAGUUUCUGGAUUUCCGUGACUUGAAUAAAGAUGGAAAAAUGGACCGCACUGAAAUUAGCCAGUGGAUCCUUCCACAUGACUAUGACCACUCUGAUAUAGAAGCCAAACAUCUUAUAUACGAAUCCGACAAAGACAGGGUAAGAUGUGCUAUGGAAGCCAGAGAUCCAACUCAUUAAAUUAUAAAGCUGAAAGCAGGUGGAGGUUGUUUAAAGGACCAAUAUAGUGCCAAGAAAACAAACUUGUUUUCCUGGCACUAUAGGGUUAUUAAGUGUCCCCCCCCUCCCGCUGGUCUGAAAGGGAUAAAUCCCCUUCAGCUAUUUACCUUUUUCCAGUGCUUUUAAUGUUAAAAGGAACAUUGUCCGGUCACCCAGCCCUUCUCCACUAUUUUGCUGCUAUUUACUUGACCCUCAGUUGGGAGCAGGUACUUAACCAACCAUAAUUGACAUCAUUUUGCCAUAUUAUGAUGACAAUAGGCUGCAUUACCAGACAGAAUAUGUGAUCUUCAGUCGGCUCAGCAUAAGGUCCCAAAUGAGGGUUACUUAAAGGGACAUGCAUCAUACUGAGACAACUCUCAUUCAAAAGAAGAGAGGGAGUCUGAGCAGUGUGAUUUGUGCAGAGCAAGUUCUGUUUUCUGGUUUCUCUCUUCUGCUUAUGCACAAAGAUGGCACGUUUCUGUCAUCAGCAGACUGGUCUGAAACCGAGAAGGGUGAGUAAGGGGAAAGGGAGUUAAAGAAACUACCCUCACUGGGAAGCAUGGUCAACAAUGCAAUCUGCAAAACUUAUAACAUGCUUUUAAAUGUCUUGCUUUCCUGGUUAAAAAGAAAAAAUAAUUGUUGGGUGAUGCAUGUCCCUUUUUAACCCCUUAAGGACACGUGACAUGUCAUGAUUCCCUUUUAUUCCAGAAGUUUGGUCCUUAAGGGGUUAAAGGUACACUCCAAACGUAAAUAGCAAAUAACUUGUGCUAUUGUCACAGACAAGAGUGAUGCUCCAGAUCAAACAUUGUAUGGCUGGCAUUGGUCAGAGGAUCAAUCUGACGUGUUCUUGGGGGUCUGUAUUGUCCCUUUUCGCAGUUUUCUUACUUUUGAAUUCACAAACUGAGUCUUCUUCCCAGGAUGAAAAACUGACGAAAGCAGAAAUCUUGGACAACUGGAAUAUGUUUGUUGGCAGCCAGGCGACCAACUAUGGGGAAGACCUCACCAGACGGCACGAUGAAUUCUGAUGAACUCCAUUAUCUGCGCUCUUACACAUCAGCACAUUGUUGGUGCUUUAACGUUGGGAUUCCUCUCUGGAACCCCACCAAGAUGGGGACCGUGUCUCUAAUUAUUCAUCUGUCUUUUUUUACAAAUGCAAUUUUUUUUUUCUUUAUUAAAAAGAAUUGUGAAACACUUAUGAAGUGUAAUCUAGUGAACAUUUAGAGUGAUGAUGCAUGUUAGUACCUACAUUGCCUGAAGCCACCAUGUGGAAACAUAAUGAGCUAUUCUGGGGAAAUUGCUAAACUCAGGUAACAGUCUGUUUGGCAAUCUCUUCCUUAUUAGCACCUUGACAUACAAUUCCCUAUAAAGAGACACUCCUAUUAGCAAAACCAAAUACGAUUUAUCAGGGCUUCAAAUUUCAAGUCCAAUACAGUCAGUCAGGUCUAGAAGUUACUGGCCAAUGCCAGAAUCCAUUGCGCACUCCCCAAGGUUGAAUUUCUACUCACCAAUGGCUAGUGGACAUUUUGAACUCUGCGCUUAGUGUAGUUCUUCUGGUGCUAUGAGGUUGUUGGGUAUAUUUCUCCCUGAACCACAGGCCCACACUCUUCGCUGGAUACAUUUUCAAUGUGGUCUUUUAAAGAUCAUGAAAUCCCACCUGUACAUUUUGUUGGCCAUCAUCAUUUUAAAGAUGCUUUGGAAUUACAUUAAAGUUUCCUGGCACUCUCACAGGGUAAAUAGUUAAACAGUUUGGCAGUGGUUUGACAACUUACCUAAAAUCCACCAGAUGCCAGUGAAACCCUCUUCUCGCUGGAAGAAUUCCUGCUGGGUUUCCAUUGACUCCACAGAGCAAAGGGCUACAGGGCCAGUUCAGUAGCGGAGAAGUCUGACUACUGACCCUGGGAGGGUGUCACGGUAUGCCUAGCACAAUCACCACUAUAGCAGGAUUCAAAUACUACUAGUUAAAUAGGUAACUUUUAAUUUAAAAAAAGUUAACUUCAUUUUGUGACAGGCACCAGCAAAGCAAUCUGUUACAGCAUAGUUUAAACGUUGCGUAUAAUCCCCAUUUUAUACUUUUGUAAUCGUACAAAACAAAUAAAAUGUAACAUUUAAAAUAAAACAAGGGAGGUCAUGUACAGGUGCACAUUUGUAUUGUUGCAGAAAUACAGAAAUCGUUGUUAAAACAUUACAAUAGUCUUUUCUUCGGUCAUGGCAUUCAAGAAGCUAUGUGUCCCGUUAAAACAACCUGUCUUACCAAAUUACACAAAUCAAUAAGUGUUUCUCCAAAAUACCCCAUAGGUUAUCACUGAAUAACCUAAAAUUAGAACGCAUAACAAAAAAAUUAGUUCCAACCAUGCAGAUGAAAUUAAUAUCCUAAAUUAUAUUUUAUAUAUAUAUAUAUAUAUAUAUAUAUAUAUAUAUAUAUAUAUUGAUUGAUUGUUAAAGAAAAUGACCCAAAAACCAGUCCUCCGCAUCAGGAGGUAUGCCUAGGUGUCUAGAUUAAACGGUCUGUCAAAUAGUUGGGUUAGUAGGUCUUAGAAUGGCCUUAUUUGUUGUGCACCACAUCUGAGAGUAAGUGUGUUUUGCCCCACAUAAUCUCCAACAGAAGUCAGUAGUGCUUUUACCCAUUCUGCAUAGUUUGGCUGGGAUGAUGUACCAUCUCAUCAAUGUCUUGACUUCCUGCUCUUGUAGCUGCACAGGCCCGCGCAAAGUCUUUUCUAUUCUCUAAGAAGGAGUCUACAUUUUUUAGGGCUAUGCAACUCUUUUGCUUAAGAGAGUGUAGUCAGCCCACCCCCACUUUGGCUAAGAGCAUCAGAAAUGAAUGAGCCAAACCAAUAGGCUCCCAUAGGAAAGCAUUGGGAGGCUAACAUGCAUGCACAGCAAAAUGCAGCAAUGGCCAAUUAGCAUAUAAUCAGAGAUGCAUUGAAUCAAUGGAUCUCUGGGAAAGGUUCAGCCUGAAUGACUGCCACCAGAGGUGUCACUAGGCACUAAUGAAAACACUGCCUUUCCUCUGAAAAGGUAGGGUCUACAUGAAAAUGCCUGCAGGGAUAUGCUGUAGGCACCAGAACAACUACAUUAUGCAGUAGUUCUGGUGACUAUAGAGUCCCUUUAAUCUCAUUCGUGCAUUUGGUGAAAUAGGAUUUUAAUUCCCCCAUCUGCUGCAGGAUGUGCUCUGUGCCUGUGGACACAUUGAGUGUCUCCUGCAUCUCGGUGUCAUGGGAGGGCAUCGCCGUCUGAGGCUUAUGUGCUGAUGCGAAAAGGCUGGCUAAAUUAGCAUCCUCACCUUUCUGAUUGCACAUUUGUGGCGUUUGGGUGCCCAUGGUGGUGUAGACUUACAAUUCCCAAUAUGAAUAUAUAAGGGGAUGGCUAAGAUUCUUAUUGGGUUUUUGUGGAUUGAUGGGUGUUCACAGUGGAGCUACUCUCUUAGGCUGCUCCACUGCUUGAUGUCCACACCACGCCCACAGUAUGCUACUGUACACAUUCUGAGCUUGAUACACCGGUGUGAAUCUUAAAUUUUGUAAGGUACUGUCCCUUUAAAAGAUUUUUUUUUUUUUCCCCCAGUUGAAAGAACUCAAACCUCUAAUUGCUGCUUUCUUUAAUCUGAAGACAACAAUGACUGGGCUAAGACAGCCAAUCACAUUCUAUUUUUGAAUAUUUCACAUUUCUUAUGGUGGAAAAAUAGCUAUAAAUGGUACAGACACAACACAACUGAUAAAGUAAAUUUGCUAGCCAUUAAGACUCUGAACUUGUUCCCACUGAUAACACAAGAUUUUCUUGUCCUUGUGUUGUAUGUGUAGAUAUUUCCUUCCCUCACAGAAAUGGUUUCCAUAUUUUUCACAGAAUGAAGCCAGUGUUAUUAUAAGGAAACAAACUAAAAUACUUUGGUUUUAAAUUUGAACUUGUUUUACACAAUCAUUAAAGUGAUAGCUUAAGUCAUAUGAACUAUUCAAAACCACACUCGGAGAAGAAAAUGUCUUCUAAAAUGUCCACUUAAACCACCUGUUGUGUUUUAAAGCAACACAGGAUGGGUGCUUGUUGUCAUUAAUUGGAUAAGGGGAUUGGGAACAUAAACUUUCCAGCAGAUGAUAAAGUACUUCCAGCAGAGGUUAGGACAUUGCAUUGCUGAUUUAGGGGCUGGAAUUGUGUAAAAGAAAGCUGUCAGAAGUCAUCUAGUAAAGUUAACCUGUCCUGACACUAUAAUGACGGUUUAAAGACAAAGUGCUCGACAGUGUCUAUUCUCCAGCCCCAAUGAGUAAGUGUUUGAUUGGGGUGCUGUAAUUGGCUAAGAUCGUCAGCUGAUUCUCAAAGCUUUUCACAUUUCUAAAGCAUUUUUAUCAAUGGGAGGACAGUGAUAGGUCUAGAUGAGAAUCAGUUGACCAUCUCUGCCAAUUCUAGCACCCCUAGUCAAAUUUUUCCUAUUUGAAGUUGGGGCUGGAGGAGAAACUGAAGAGCCAGGAGAACAAGCAUGAUCAGGAGCACUUUAGAGUUAAAACUUAAAAAAAAACACAGUUCACCUCCAGACGCCAUAACUAUUUUAUUGAGAUUAAGUCAUUAUGGUUAUCGGAGUGGUCCUUUAAAUCAUAACAUCUCCUUGUGCAAUAAUAACAUAUACAUUUAGACCAAGCAUGUCAAAAAAAACAAGGUUAAAGUUUGUGGGCCGCAAAAAAAAAUAAAUUGAAAAAAAAAAUAAAAAAUUUGUUUUCUUAGAACCGUAGGUUUAUUUUGAAAAGUACAGUAUUAAAAAAAAAAAAAAUAGGCGCCUCACUGACACUGGAAUCCUCAUGCUCGUAAGACUUCAAAGUCAAUAAACUUGUAAAUUUAUUUUAAGGAGACGUGCAUUUACAUAUAAUCUAUGUUUCAGUCCAACUAUCUUGACAUAAUUAAGAAAUGUUUGGUUAUGGGACCGAGUUUGGUCAAUGUAUGCUGCAAACCUGUGAAAAACAAAACGUUAUCUAGUUGAUUUUGAAGUCCUAUGAGUGUGUUUUGACAUGCUUGAUUUAGACUAUAUAAAUUAUAUUUAUAAAAUGUGUAUUUUACUACUUAAAAUAAUCUUACUUUUCAGAGUUGGCGUGGGUGUUUCAGAGUUUGUAGGUGUGUCAUUAUGACACCCAACAACUGCCCCAACUAUUAGAUUGUGUCUACUUUGAACAAUUGUAUAGAUUAUGUUUAAACUUGCAUUUUCCCCAUGCACAUUAUGCUUCAUAGUUCCAGAAAAACUAGUGAAUGAGGAGAACACACACAAACGAAAUGUAUGAAUUAAAUGGUCACUUUUUAUAAUAAAUAAUUUCAGUAUUUGAGUAACAGGUCUUGGAAUAAAAAAAAAAAAAAUACAUUUCCAGACACUACAUUUCUGAAUUUAUAUUAAAAAAAAACAAAAAAAAAAAAACCCACACACCACGCAUAAAAAUAGGUUUUCCUAUUUCAUUUGUUCCAAGACUCCAUUAAUAUAUUGGAUUCAGAACGGAGAAUCCAAAGUCGUUCCUGGUAGGCUGCAGGCACUGCUUAAAGCGGCACGGUCAUGCCGUACUUACCUUUCUCUUAUCGCUUCCUCUCUUAGAAUCUGUUCUUAUUUUCUGACCUAGUUUUCUUUAAAACCUAAGUAGGGACUAUUUUAUCUUAUGUGUUUUUCCUACACUUGACCUUCUUUGACCAAAAGAAAGAAGUUAAGUCUGUUCUAUCUCCUGUGUCAAGGAGAAGAGAGAGUACUUUCUUUGACCAAAGGAGGAGUUUAAGUCAACUCCAUUUCCUGUGUCAGAGAAAGUCCAUCGUAUU